CAGCUGGAGCGAUCGUUUAUUUUGUCCUCUUUUAACAUGGAUGAAUCCAUAUCUAAAAUAAAACUGUUUUCUAAACUGGACUUUCAAUCGCAGCCGGAGGUAAUAAUUAAAGGAAGACCACGGCCGAAGCUAAAAGGUUAGCUUCAGACAGUGAUCUCCAUCGUGACAGAGAGACUUUUAAAACCGAAAAAUGAUAAGGAAGACUUCUAUAAACAAGUUAUCGAUGCUUUCAGAAGGAGCGGAACAUGGACUUAUUAGUAAAGCCAAUGGGAGUGAGCCUUGGGGAAAGCACUUUUUUUGUGCGUCUGUCAAUGCUGCAACUUGAAUUACUGUCACAAUACGAAGAGACGCCGCCCAUUACAAGACCUCUGGAGAUGGCUCCCGAGGACCCCAGUGCCACGGUGGUCAGGGAAGAAGACAACAGGACUGCAGACAAGACGCCUCCUGAUGUGGAUGACGGAUGUGAGGAAGAAGAGCGAUGCAGCGUGCAGCAGAUGGAGGAGAAGUCUUUUGUAUCGAGUCUGCAUUCCUUCAUGAAGAAAAGAGGCUCGCCCAGAAGGAUCCCACAUUUGGGCUUCAAACAAAUCAACCUUUGGAUGAUCUACAAGGCUGUUGAGAAACUCGGUGGCUACAAUUCAGUGACGGCACGGCGCCUGUGGAAAAAAGUGUACGAUGAGCUGGGCGGGAGCCCCGGUAGCACCAGUGCGGCUACGUGCACCCGCAGACACUACGAGAGGCUGGUGUUACCCUUUGAAAGGCACCUCAAAGGAGAAGAUGACAAACCUCUGCUUCUCAGCAAACCAAGGAAGCCUUAUAAGAGGAAUUCGGAAGGGAAGAUGAACAAAGCGGAGUGGAAGGGGAAAGGAAACCUGGCCGACAGAGGAAACGAUUGUGAGAGGAUUCCAGAGGCCGCCAGUCAUCCUCAUCAAUCUAAUCCCUGGCCGGGUGCCGCUGAAAGACACCAUUUGGACUCCUCCCAGCCAGACCGGCCCCUGACCUCUUACACGUUUCCCCGCCUGGUGCAUGGCCCUCCGGCGACCCCCUGGCCGGCGAACUUGUCAUCGGCGGCCGGUGAGGUUAUCUCUCCUCUGGAGAAAAAGAAGCGAGUAGCCCAGGCCAGCCUUCAAGGGACUCCACAGGGCGAGGACAGAGAGGAGAGAGACCGGCCUUCUGUCAUCCGCCGAUCUCCGUCCUCUUCCGGCCACAAGUGCAUCUCCUCCGAUGGCUCGCCUUACCCUCCGUCCUCCUCCUCGUCCUCCCGGAGCGCCUCCCCGUGCUCUGUCUCAUCAGAGGAUGCCCCUGCAGGCGGUGAACGCCGACCCGACUUGACCUCCUCCAGCACACUCAACCUAAGCGAGGACGCGGCAGGAGAGAACAGAAGCAGAGCUCCUGUCAGCCCUCAAAAAGUCAAAGCUUACAUUAAAGACAAGAAGACAAAACGAGGCGAUAUCAACCUCAUGCAUCCUUUUUACUCGUCUAUCAAAGUUACAUCCGAGCCGGGUUUCGUCAAAGUUCUUCCGAAGUCGACGCAAAUCGCACGGCCCGCCCCUAUCCGACCGGGUUACGGAAGCCAACAGGCCGCUUUGACGCAUCGCAAUGCUUCGGCUCUGAAAAACAUCCCUCAGCAUCCGUGGCUCUAUCAGACUGAGAAGUGGGACGCGCUCAGGCCGCCGCCCGCAAAGGUUCCUGCCGCCCAGCAGAUGCUAGCCCGCUCCACCCACGCCGCCUAUGCUCCGCCCCUUUUGGACAAAUCAGACUCUCAUCAGCAGACAACGCUGCACCAGCGAGCCUUCCUCCCCAGGGUGAGAAUACCUCAGUCCCAGCUCAUGUACCGCCAUGUUUCUGGCAGCGCGUCUCCUUCCACUCUCAUUUAUCCAUACCCAUAUUCCAUCCCUCUGUGGGGGCCCCACGCUGCAUAUGCCCUCCCCACUCUGGGCACAUUUUACACUCACAAACUGUGAUUCUUUCCAUUUUGCCUCUGGGCAGAUUCAUUUUACGCAAUAUUUCUCCUUUUUUUUAGUAGUGUACUAUGUUAAUGCUAAACUUACUUACCUACUCAGUGCAUACUUGCCAACCUUGAGACCUCCAAAUUUGAGAGAUGGGGUGGGGUCGGGGUGUAUAUUGUAGCGUCCCGGAAGAGUUAAUGCUGCAAGGGGUUCUGGGUCUUUGUUCUGUUGUGUUUAUGUUGUGUUACGGUGCGGAUGUUCUCCCAAAAUGUGUUUGUCAUUCUUGUUUGGUGCGGGUUCACAGUGUGGCGCAUAUGUGUAGCAGUGUUAAAGUUGUGUGUACGGCCACCCUCAGUGUGACCUGUAUGGCUGUUGACCAAGUGUGCAUUGCCUUCGCUCAUGUGUGAUUGUAAAAACCGCAAAUAUUAUGUGACUGUGCCGGCACGCUGUACGUACGGAGGAAAAGCGGACGUGACGAAAGGUUGUAGAGGACGUUAGAGGCAGUGCCUCUAAGGCAGGGGUCGGGAACCUUUUUGGCUGAGAGAACCAUGAAAGGCAAAUAUUUUAAAAUGUAUUUCUGUGAGAGCCAUAUAAUAUUUUUUAACACUGAAUACAACUAAAUGCGUUCAUUUUUAAGUAACACGAACAUUUUUAGAGUAUAGUAAGUCUCUUAUUCUUUUUAAUAACAUUGUUAUUCUAAAGCUAACCAAUAAGAAAUAAAAUACUUCUUAACAUUAAUGCGACUUCUUGAACAGGUGGGGUAGAAAAUGGAUGGAUGGAUUAAAAUCCAUGAUAAUGUUUUAUAUUUUCAAUGUUGUUUUUAAUAUUUUAACAUGUACCAAGAAUUGAUUAACGUGGACCCCGACUUAAACAAGUUGAAAAACUUAUUCGGGUGUUACCAUUUAGUGGUCAAUUGUACGGAAUAUGUACUGUACUGUGUUAUCUACUAAUAAAAGUUUCAAUCAAUCAAUCACAACUGUAUUUACCAGCGGAAUUAUUCAUUACUUAUCGUGUUAAGCAAUGUCAGCUAAGCUUUAUCUGAGAGCCAGAUGCAGUCAUCAAAAGAACCACAUCUGGCUCGAGAGCCAUAGGUUCCUUACCCCUGCUUUAUAGCACACCCCGAUAUUGUUGCCUGGGUGGAAAUCGGGAGAAAUUCGGGAAAAUGGUCGCCCCGGGAGAUUUUCGGGAGUGGCACUGAAAUUCGGGAGUCUCCCGGAAAAAUCGGGAGGGUUGGCAAGUAUAGAGUGUCCGCCCUGAGAUCGGCAGGUUGGGAGUUCAAACCCCGGCCGAGUCAUACCAAAGACUAUAAAAAUAGGUCCCAUUACCUCCCUGCUUGGCACUCAGCAUCAAGGGGAUGGAAUUGGGAGUUAAAUCACCAAAAAGGAUUCCCGGGCGCGGCCCACCGCUGCUGCUCACUGCUCCCUCAAGGGUAAUGGGUCAAAUGCAGAGAAUAAUUUCACCACACCUCAUGUGUGCGUGACAAUCAUUGGUACUUUAACUUUGAUUAAAAAAUGACAUAAUGGGGAUAAAUCUAACGAGUGUGUGACUGAAUGCUGAAUAAAACCUGAAUUAAAUCUCAAUGACUAUCAAUGAUCUAAAUGAUCAUUUUAAUUUAUAAAAAAAUGCACAUAGUCGUCCCUCGCCAUUUCAUACAUGGCGGUUCCUUGACAUUGUGCAGAUUCCACAACAUUUUUGCCCUAAAUUAAGCAUUUUUAGGUAUAAUAGUGAAGCGGUUCAGUAUGGAAUCCACUGAUUGGCUCAUCCUCAAGCAGCAUUAGUAUACAGAAUUAAAAAUGUGUAAAGGUGAUUAAAGGGUGUUGUUUUAUGGUCAGAGCAAGGAUUCUCCAACUGUGGUAUGUGUACGACGUGGUACGCCAAAGAAUCCCUUAAAUAAAGUACAGUGUUUUAUUUUCCUGUAUUCAAACAAACUGACUGUAAUGUAACAGUGGCCACAAAUAUUAAUUAUACUUGUUAAAUAAAAACCUCUGCCUUGUU